GACUCAAAGGAGAUCUGAUAGCUGGAGUGAGGUUUCAACCUGCCUGUGGCUACUCCACCUUUUGGUAGAUCUUGCCAGGAAAAAAAAAAAAAAAGGAAAGAGGGCAGGCGGCUGGGUGAAGUCAUCCCUGGUGACACCUUCUCACAGGACUUCAGGGAAAAUGCUGGGCGACUGGGCAGCGCUCCUGCCCAGCUGCCUGUCACGGUGCUGGGAUUGAGAGGUGACCUCUUUAUUUUUAGAAGGGGGCUGUCAUAAUAGUCUGCUCCUCGGUUUCAUUCAAGGCGGGAGGCAGGCACUUUGGAAGUUUGUAAACACCAACUUUCUCAGUAGAGGAGGAACACUUUUCUCCAGAAAGGGAAGAAUUCCCCUGCUGGGGUUUCCCUCUUUUUAGAGUCGGCUCUGUGGACAAGACAGCCUUCUCUGGCUGUCUGAGUUGUGGCAAGCAGGUGCGGCUCAAAUUCUAACACUAAAAGGGCAGAAAUGCCUGCAGGCGACGGCUGUGGACCAGGCAGAAGCUGGGAAGUCAUCAAUUCCAAGCCAGAUGAAAGACCCAGACUGAGCCACUGCAUUGCAGAAUCAUGGGUGAAUUUCAGCAUAUUUCUUCAAGAAAUGUCUCUUUUUAAACAGCAGAGCCCUGGCAAGUUUUGCCUCCUGGUCUGCAGUGUGUGCACGUUUUUUACAAUCUUGGGAAGUUACAUUCCUGGGGUCAUACUCAGCUACCUACUGUUACUGUUUGCUUUUUUGUGUCCACUGUUUAAAUGUAAUGAUAUUGGACAAAAAAUAUACAGCAAAGUCAAGUCCAUUCUAUUAAAACUGGAUUUUGGAAUUGGAGAAUAUAUUAACCAGAAGAAGCGUGAGAGAUCUGAAGCAGAUAAAGAAAAAAGUCACAAGGAUGACAGUGAAUUAGACUUUUCAGCACUUUGUCCUAAGAUCAGCCUCACAGUUGCUGCCAAAGAGUUAUCUGUGUCAGACACAGAUGUGUCAGAAGUCUCUUGGACUGAUAAUGGGACCUUCAACCUUUCAGAGGGGUACACUCCACAGACAGACACUUCUGAUGAUCUUGACCGGCCCAGUGAGGAAGUUUUCUCUCGAGAUCUUUCAGAUUUUCCAUCUCUGGAAAACGGGACGGGAACAAACGAUGAAGAUGAAUUAAGUCUUGGCUUACCCACAGAGCUCAAAAGAAAGAAGCAACAGUUGGACAGUGCUCACAGACCAAGCAGAGACAGGCAGUCAGCAGCUGGCCUCUCACUUCCUCUCAAGAACGACCAAGCCCUUCACUUGAUGAGCAACCUAGCUGGGGAUGUCAUCACAGCUGCCAUGACAGCUGCCAUCAAAGACCAGCUAGAAGGGGCCCGGCAGGCACUGGCUCAGGCGGCACCCACUCCAGGAGAGGACACAGACACUGAGGAGGGGGAUGAUUUUGAACUACUUGACCAGGCAGAGCUAGAUCAAAUUGAGAGUGAGCUGGGACUAUCACAAGACCAAGGGGCAGAAGCCCAGCAAAGUAAGAAGCCCUCAGGCUUCUUUUCAAAUCUCCUUGGCGGCCAUUAACCGGGAAACAGCUUGCGGCAAAGCACAGAUAAACCACCCAAAAAUUUCAAACAAGCAGGGGGAAAAAAUGGAAAAAAAAUUGAAUUGUAAGCUUUAAUUACUUUAGAUUUUUUUUUUUUGUUUUCUUUUCCCUUCUAUAGUGAGUUGGAUAUGUAUCAGCUGAUAAUGAUAGACUGACAUUUCUGAUAGUUAUUUUUAUGUAAUAAGCAUGGAAAUGAACUUUAUAGUUACAUAUAUACAUAGUGUGGUGUCAUAAGUGCUUAGGGGCUGUUGGUAAACUGAAGAGA